AUGACGAACCCAUCCGUCACCGUUACUGCCUCCACCUCGACCUCGAGGGCGUCGUGCGCGGCUACCAGCACCGGCAAGCUCACCUACCUCAGCUCGCCGACCAACCACCCGGGCUCCUUCCGCUGCACCCGCCACCGCAACCCGCGGGGGCGACCGCAGACGUCGUCGUCCGGCCGCGCGUCGCAGCAGCCUGCUGCACCGGGAGCCAGCACGACGGUGCGCGUCAAGGGGAUCAUCAGGAGCGGCGGUCUCGGCACCGGCAUCGGCGGCGGCAGGACCACCAAGGAUCGGUCCGUCCUGCGCACGCACCUGCUGCGGCUGGUCAGCACGCCGUCCUCCGCCGGCCGCGACCACCGUCGCUGUCGCCGGGACUUCAUGCCCCGCCCGUCAAGGUUGGGCCGGCUCGCGGUGACUGCGUGA